CCUCUGCUGCGAUGCACAAAAAGUGGGGUCACGACCAGUUCUCUCUCUCCAGCACCUAUAUGGGAUCUGCGUUAGCUGUCCCCAUCUGGAAGAGCUCCAAACUGACACUAAUCGACGGGGAUUGGCCACACGAUAUCUUGGACAAGGUGGCUCAUUUUCCCCGUAUAAAAACUCUAUGCCUCGAGAUUAGGCCCAGUGGAUACGAAUGCGUCAAGCCUUACCUUAGCUAUUAUACAAGCAUCCAGCUCUACAAAUAUAUAGACUCCCAACGGACAUCCAGUCCUUUGACCGAACUCGUCACGCUGGACGAUCAUCAUUGCUCUGGCCUGUAUGAUGUAGCGACGUACAAAGCUGUGUCGUGUCGGUGGUUCAAGGAUGCGGGUCUACUUGAUGUGUGGUCGUCGCAAAUUGCAGGCUAUCGUACGGAUAGUACUGAGUCCUUCUAUGGACCUGUUGGUAAUUCGGCACGUCACAAAUCAAAUGGCUUGAUUCAAUGCGGCCCUCGAAUCGUCGCAUAUAGUGGUGAUGGCUUCAGCAGUGCUGGUGGUGUCCAACUCCUAGAAGGUACGAGAACCGCGAUGCCCUCGGGAUGUCCCAGGCCUGAGCCGCGUGCCGGCGUUACUGCUGGUUUCGAUCACUGACGCGCUCUCUGUGUUUUUGCGUUUAUUUAUAUGGCAAUUGGGCCAACGAGGUGUCCGACAGUGAGACAUCGAGCUAUAGUGCCUUGCGUUGUUGAGUGUGCGGGGUCGAACUUCCUUUCGUCUCAUGUUUUGUCAUAUGUCCAGCUACUCUCGGAUUCUAAUACGAGGUCCGACUCUUUAAUUUGACCUCAGUGUAGUCGCCCAAAUGUCUUUGUGAUGAUUGUAAUCACUGACUGCGCGCCCCUGUUGGGAUGCUCGCCGCUCCGUAACGGUGGUUGCGCUUGCAUGGUUUACCGUCAACUAGUCAAUUCAAUCAACAUCCACCCCCACCCGCCUUUUUUUCACCAGUUCAACACGUUUCCAUCUUGACUGAUUAUUUUUCAAACUCAAGUGCUGAAGGUCCUUGAUUGGCUGAUGACCUCAUCGUCAUGGCAAGUUUUAUUCUUUAAUCGUCGAAUGGGACAAUAGGUAUAUAAAUAAA